GUGCUCUUGCUCACUCGAUCCUUCUUGGAUCGGUUUCCCAUAUUGUCCAGGCAAUUUUGACGGAUUCGAAUCAUCCUGAAGUGCCGGUAGUGAACCGGCUGACUUUCCUUCGAUGCGCGCUCGCUUAUCGUUAUCAGUUGCAACUCGUGCAGUUUUCCCUCCCUAGUGCUUCCGAGAAUUGCGAGACGCUCGACGUCUCGAGAAGAAUCAAAGCGCCAUGACGCGAUGCAUUCCUUAAGCCUUAAGGCUUAAGUUCUUGAGCGGUCGGUAUUCGGUACGAAAAAAGCGAGCUACCAGUUUUUUGUAUUAAUUUCCCCCUGUAAGGCAAUUGGAAGAUUUUUCUUCUUUGAAUUCAGUGUGGCGAAUUUUAGUAAAACCUCGGAAGCCUGAAGUGAAAAGGGCCAUUAGGAUUAGUUGGGAAUAGUGUUUUCUGCAACGGAAUGUGCCUGGAAGUCGGUGGAUCGAUGAACUCACUCGGGAGCGCGUUGAAUGACCCGGAUUGACGUAGGAAGGACAGCGGUAUCCAAAAUAGAAAGUCGAUGAACCAGCACCAGAGACAAGGUGUGAAUCUUGACCCUGGAGUUCUCUGGACCUGAGGAAGCUGAAGGAAGGAGGUGCAAUUGGCGAGGGAUGAGGAAGGAGAAAUUGGAGAACGAUGUAAAGGACCAAAUUGAAGGACGGACAAGAGAAAUUAGAGAGAGGCCAUAAAGACGCUGGAGAAGUUAGUGAAGGACGAGGAAAAAUUUGAAGGACGAAGGGGAAUUGAAGAACUUGAGGAAAUAAGAGAAGUUGCUGAAGGAAGAGGAGGAAUUAUUGAAUAACGAGUAGAAGAAACUGGAGAAAGGCGUGAAAGAGAAAAGAGAAAAGGAGGAAUGCUUCGAGGUCAAGUGGCGUGUCUCCCUCCCGGUGACGCCAUGUAAAUUCAUGCCGGCGUCUCUCGUGAAGGGCCGAAGAGGACAGACCUUGCCGCCUGACCCAGAAUCACUCUUUCGUCGCUGACCCCAGUGUGGUGGUUUUUCUGAAAUGGGACGCGGCGCAGCCCGAAGCUAAAUUAGCCGUGAUGUCCAGUAAGAGUAAGAGCCAGCCGCAUUCACAGCAUCAGCAUCAGCAGCACGUGAUCAAGUCAGUUGAUCAGGUGCCGCCGCGUUAUCAGCCGCCUCCGCAGCCGAGUUCCGGAAUCCUCAAGAACCACCUGCACUUUGCGAACGCCCCUCCAGUUUCCAGUCCCUCGAGCACUGCUACCAAUUUGAAUCAGAAUCAUCAUCAGCAGCACCAGCCGCAACCUAGGAGCAUACCACCCAAGGAUGCGCCGAAGGUAGAGCACCAUCAGCAGACCGGGACCAAGGUUCCGCAACAAGGUACUUACCUCCCGGCCAAGGUCACGGGUCAAGGUCAGCUGUUGCCGCCGAAUAGCCAGUACCCGGUGGGCCAGCCGGCCUCUAGACAGAGAAUCAGCGACGAGGAUUUUCUCAGAUUGGGCCCUCUGGAGAUGCUUAAGUUUGUCAGGAAGACGGAGGGUGACAUCGCGCGAGUUGCCGCUGAACAGAAUCGUCAGAUACAGACUCUGCUCGCCGAACUUCGAGCACUGAAGGAAGCGAACCAAAGACUAAGUGACGAUAAUCAAGAGCUUCGCGACCUCUGUUGCUUUCUGGACGAUGACCGGCAGAAAGGACGAAAAUUGGCUCGUGAAUGGCAGAGGUUUGGUCGCUACACGGCUAGCGUAAUGCGGCAGGAAGUGUCUGCUUAUCAAAACAAGUUGAGGCAGCUUGACAAUAAGCAACAGGAGCUCAUCAAGGACAACCUGGAACUGAAGGAACUUUGCUUAUACCUUGACGAGGAAAGAGGCGGAGGUCAAAGAGAUGAUGGAGACGGAUCCAGUUCAAGUACCAAUGCUGAGGAAUCUGCUCCACCAAGGCAAAGGCACACUUCGAUGUUUAAUGAUCAGACUAUGCAGUACGUAAGAAGUUUGGAGCAGCGAGUGAAGCAGUUGGAAGAGGAUAAAAGCAUACUUCAAGCUCGGGCACAGGGAUGGGAAGCGGGUCCAGGUGAAUCCUGGGAGAAUUCCAACAGUCCAGGGGGGAACCCUUACUUAGGCAGUCGACCGGAAGCAGUUGUGCGAGCUCUUCAAGUUCUCGAAGUGAGAGAGCAGCUCGAGAGAGAGGAAGGACCUGAUGGAGAAAAGGCUUUAGUUCGAGAAAUGUGCAAUGUGGUGUGGCGAAAAUUAGAGGAAGGUCCUCAGGCGACGCACUAACAAAAAGCCUGGGCUCUGCGGAAUGAGCCCUCGGAAUCUAGAAAUAAUUAGGAAUUUUCUAAGAAUGCCUCCUGUCUCUCAGCCAUGUCAGACUAUUGCCGAUUUAGUAUUAAAAAUUUAUUUAAAUUUUUAUAGGUGUAUUUAAGUCUAUAACAAUGUUAUGGAUUUUUUAUAUUAUAAAAGAAACGACGGAUUUUUAUACGUUUUUACUGCGUAAAAGCGCCUUGCUCAGAUGAGAGGCAUGAAUUUUAUAAAUAAUGUAAAUGUAAAUCUUCGUUUAGCGUUGUUGGUUAAUCUAGAAUCGAUCGUUAUAAAACUAUAUUUUUUAUUAGA